ACUACGGUAGCCGUCCUCCACCCGACCACAAACCCUCGCCCUUUCCCCUCUCCUCUUCGCCUUCCUGGUGCUCCCCCUCCACACCUGCUUUGGAGCCAAAUCGAUGGAAAGCGCGAGCAAACCCUAGAAAAGAACUAUCUUCCAGCGUCGCGUCGUCUCGUAGGAAAGACGAUUAAGGGUUUCUCGUCCUGCCUUCUUCUAAGCCCUCGACCGUCCUACUUCUGGUGUAGCUACCUUCACGUCUAGACAGUAUGUCGUCGACAUAUCCCGUGCUCAACAAUAAAUCCAUCGACCAGUGGAAGGUCACAGAAUUGAAAGAAGAGCUGAAGAGAAGGAAACUCCCAGUAAGAGGUCUGAAGGAAGAACUGGUAAGGAGGUUAGCUGACGCAAUGGAUGCUGAGAUCAUGGACACUGAAGAAGAGGUGAAUGAUGAAGUCAAAAAAGAUGAGCCUAAGGUGGAAGAUCAGAGUGACAGUGUGCAAGUUCAGACAGAAAAUUCUGACGUAGAUAUUGCCCCUAUGGUUAACAAAGUUAAAGAUCCAGAUGAACAAGAUGACUUCUCCAAUGCCACUAUGGUUGAUAAAGAUUCCAACAGUGCUAACAUUGCCAAAGCUGGCAUUUGUGAUGGUUAUACAAAAGUUGGAAAGACUGAAUGUGAUGCUGCAACAGAAGCUACUUCAGACGUGACCAACAAAGACUUGAAAGUGGAAGAUGCCAGGACAGUUUCUUCAGAAUUGGACGUGUCCAUUUCAGAAACAGAAGCUAACUUGGUCUCCCUAGAAGAUGGUGCAACUGAGAGCCAUACUGCUACCUUGCAUCAUGAUUCGGAUGCAGUCAUAACAACUGAAGAAAAGCUCGAUGAACUGGUGCAAGACAAUUCAAACCUGUCCCUUGAGGAAAUCUGCCCUGAAUCACACAAUCAGGUAUCAGUGGUCAGUCUAGACUUAGGAUCCCAGGUUAAGUGUGAGUCCAUUCCUAUUGAUUCUGUGUCAAUUAUUGAAAAGAAUAAACUAAAGGAUAAUUUAAAUGCUGAUGACUUUCAUCUAGAAAAAGAGGUUGUUAAGCAGGAGAUGGUUCAACCAUCAUCCAACAUUGUUCCUUCACUAGGUGGCGAUCUGCAGACUGUGCAUGAUGCCAAAGAGCAAGUUAAGCACCUGGUUUCCCUGGAAGAUACACAAAUUAAAAAGACUAUAUUUGUUGAUGAAGGCAAGAAAGAAGAUAACCUUGAUGAAGAGUCUCCAGAAAAAUUGAACUUGGAUAGGAGUUCAAGUGAUGAGUUGAUGGAGGAUGAUGUAUUGGAAAGUAAGAACAUUGAUUCCAAUAUCAAGACUGAGGAAUUAGUUGAAAAAACUGAGGUGACACAGGAGCUCAUUGUUAGUGAUAUAAAAAACAUUGACGUUAAGCAGGAUGGGUCAAUUAUGGAGGAAAUCAUUGAUGAAGACAUCAAGAAGCCAACAGUCCUUACUGAAAAGAGAAAGUUAGAAGGCCAAGAAGCUGUUGCAAUCAAUGAGGUUCCCAAGCGUCAACGGCGUUGGAAUUCAGAUGCUGUUAAAGUUCCUGAACGCCAAUUAUCUAACCUCAGUACAUCAAGUACACCUAAGAAUACAUUUGAAAUUACUCCUAGGCGCACAUUUAUUAAAUCUGAUUUAAAGCCAUCUGGAGAUUCUCAAAAGGAACGGAUUGUACCACCAUCACAGAAAUCCGCAACUACUUCAUUAAGAAUCGACAGAUUUUUGCGCCCUUUUACUCUGAAAGCUGUUCAAGAGCUGCUUGCAAAAACUGGAUCAGUUUGCAGUUUCUGGAUGGACCACAUUAAGACCCACUGCUAUGUGACUUAUUCUUCAGUGGAGGAAGCAACUGCAACACGCAAUGCUGUUUACAAUCUGCAGUGGCCUUCGAACGGUGGAAAUCUUUUGGUCGCUGAGUUUGUUGACCCCCAAGAAGUCAAGGCACGAACUGAGGCCCCACCACAAUCCCCAGCUUCCAUUACCUCAAACCCAAACACUCCCAAGGCUGCAAACUUUCAGCAACCUCAGGCUGCUCAACCUUUUGUUCGCCAACAUUCUCUGAAACUGCACCAGCUUCCGUUUCCCCCACAAAGACAGCCUGAUCCGCAGCCUGUAAGAGAGCAACUCCCUCCACCUCCGCCGAGGGAACCAGACCCACCUGCUCUGACACUCGACGAUUUGUUUAAGAAGACAAAGGCAACACCAAGGAUCUAUUACCUUCCCUUGUCUGAAGAAGAGGCGGCAUCAAAGCUUGCAGCACGUGGUAAACAAAGCAUCAAGAACUAGCUAGUUCAGCUCCAGGACAUACUGAGGAACUGUAUUAUUAUGACGAGCUGCUUAUGUACUUUGAUGGAGGUCUUGCUGCUUUGGCUCAGAUGCAUAUUUUUCUGACUCGAUAAGAAGUGAGUGAAUUUGUUGGUAUUUCAGAUUGAUUAGUUGUAUGUUGUCUUGUAACUGCAGGAACUAACCGGCGUGAGAGUAAACUCUGUAGGUAUCAAAAACUUAUUAUAUUUAAAUUGCGGGAAAGAAAUAUUAGAUUCAA